UCAUUAUUGCUAACCAAAUUGCACCAUUGCCGCCAGAUAAUAUUGUUUGCAUGUGCAUGGACGCUCCGUGGAUCCAUCCCUAAGUGCACAGUUUCUUUACAGAUUUAUAACUAAUGGCGUCGUGGUUCAAAGUUGCCGAAGAUUUAUUUGAAGUUGUAGAUCGAAGAGCAAAGGUGGUUGCUAGUGAACUGUCAGAAGAGCAAUCUGAUUCUCAGCUGCAAGCAGAAACGACAAAAACAAGGAAAAAGGCUCAAAAAAGACUUUCUACAGCUAAAUCUCCCAAAACUACUGAUGCUGUAUGCGAAGAAACAAGUUCUGAAAUAUUAGAAUCAGAUGUUACACCUUAUACUAUUUCAUGUAACAAUGAGGAAAAGCCCAAUGCUAAAUCUGCAGUCCAAAUAAGUAGUGAUCUGUAUAGAAACAGUGAGAAAGAUAACCCUAGAUUUCCUUCACCUGAGGCAUUGGAUGCCAAUGUGGUUAAACAUUAUGCUGAUCGGGAAGAAGUCUCUGCAACUGUUGGCAGUUCAGAAGCUUCUUUGUCUACUUCAAAUGGCAAGCUUCUCAAUGAUAAUGCUUCUAACAUUCUUGUGGAGCACCCUUCUUCACCACUAGCUGGCAAAGAUAUUGAGGUUGCUAGUGAAGAUCAUUUAGCUGAUGAUGGCCAAAAUAUUGAAUACCAAAAUGCAGAUGUUACUUCAAAGACUGAUCAAAAGAGAUCACAACCUUUAGUUACCGGUUCUCCUAUUAACAUUGAAGCUCGACUAAAAGAAGAUGAUUUUAAAGUUGAAACUCUUGCAAAUCAGAAGAAGCCACAAGAACAAAAUGCCGAUACUCAGGACCAACUUGAGGAGGCUCAAGGGCUGCUUAAAACUACGAAUUCAACAGGCCAAUCAAAAGAGGCAAGACUGGCUCGGGUUUGUGCUGGACUUUCAUCCCGUCUUCAAGAAUACAAAUCUGAGAAUACACAGCUUGAGGAGCUUCUAAUUGCUGAGCGAGAGCUGAGUAAAUCUUAUGAGGAUCGCAUAAAACAACUACAGAAAGAUUUAUCUUCAGCUAAGAGUGAAGUAACAAAGGUUGAGGCAAAUAUGAUUGAGGCUUUGGCAGCAAAGAACUCUGAGAUUGAUGCACUUGUCAGUUCUAUGGAUGCACUUAAGAAACAAGCUGCCUUAUCUGAAGGGAAUCUGGCAUCACUGCAGGCAAGCAUGGAGUCUAUAAUGAGAAACAGGGAAUUGACAGAGACAAGGAUGCUGCAGGCUCUACGUGAGGAGCUGACUUCUGCAGAAAGGAGAGCAGAAGAAGAACGUGCAGCUCAUAAUGCUACAAAAAUGGCUGCAAUGGAAAGGGAAGUGGAAUUGGAACAUCAAGCGGUAGAGGCAUCCACUGCUCUUGCUAGAAUCCAGAGGGUUGCAGAUGAGAGGACGGCAAAAGCUACAGAGCUUGAGCAGAAGGUGGCACAUCUUGAGGUUGAAUGUGCAACUUUAAAUCAAGAAUUGCAAGAGAUGGAAGCUCGCGCUCGUCGAGGACAAAAGAAGUCCCCAGAAGACGCAAAUCAAAUGGCACAAAUGCAGGCAUGGAAGGAGGAAGUAGAGCGUGUGCGCAGUGGUCAAAGAGACGCUGAGAGCAAGCUCUCUUCAUUAGAGGCUGAAAUGCAGAAAAUGAGGGUUGAAAUGUCUGCUAUGAAGAGGGAUGCUGAGCAUUAUUCACCCCAAGAGCACAUGGAGCUAGAGAAACGCUACCGAGAAUUAACUGACCUUUUGUACCAUAAGCAAACACAGUUAGAAACUAUGGCUAGUGAAAAAGCUGCCGCUGAGUUCCAGUUCGAGAAGGAAAUAAAACGUCUUCAAGAAGCACAGGUUGAAGUAGAAAGAAGUAGAGUUCCUCGUCGAGCAUCUUAUGUGUGGGAGGAAGACACUGAAAUCAAAGCACUUGAGCCUCUUCCCGUACAUCACCGUCACCUGGCUGCUGCAAGCAUACAGUUACAGAAGGUUGCAAAAUUACUGGAUUCAGUAUCCGUCAGGGCCACGAGAUUUCUUUUGCGAUAUCCUGCCGCUCGAAUAAUCUUGCUAUGCUAUCUCGUGUUCGUACAUCUCUUCUUGAUGUACUUGUUACAUCGCCUUCAGGAACAAGCGGACAAUUUUGCUGCUAAGGAACUUGCAGAAUCUAUGGGUCGUCAGAACUCAAACUUACCCUAAUCCCGGG